AUGUACACUCUGAAUGUGGACUUGGAAAUUCACACAAACGAAAAGGAAGUAACAGAGAAGGAAGUAACUCUUCACUUGUUGCCAGGUGAACAGCUGCUUUGUGAAGCCAGCACAGUACUGAAGUAUGUCCAAGAAGAUUCCUGUCAGCGAGGGGUCUAUGGGAGACUUGUCUGCACAGACUUCAAGAUUGCUUUCUUGGGUGAUAAUGAAUCUGCAUUGGAGAAUGAUGAAAUGCAAUUUAAGAAUAAAGUUGUAGGAGAAAAUGAUAUUACACUCCACUGUAUCGAUCAGAUUUAUGGAGUGUUUGAUGAGAAGAAAAAAACUCUCUUUGGACAACUGAAGAAAUACCCUGAGAAACUCAUCAUCCACUGCAAAGACCUCCGAGUGUUCCACUUUUGUCUGAGGUACACCAAGGAAGAGGAAGUCAAAAGGAUUGUCAGUGGCAUAAUUCAUCAUACCCAGGCUCCUAAACUGCUUAAACGAUUGUUUUUGUUUUCCUAUGCUACUGCUGCACAAAACAGUACAGCCACCGAUCCCAAGAAUCACACAGUAAUGUUUGACACACUGAAAGACUGGUGCUGGGAACUGGAGCGGACGAAAGGCAACUUGAAGUUCAAAGCAGUGGGUGUCAAUGAAGGCUACAGAAUCUGUGAGAGGUUGCCAGCAUACUUUGUUGUCCCCACCCCUCUGCCUGAAGAGAAUGUGCAACGCUUUCAGGGUCACGGCAUACCAAUAUGGUGUUGGUCCUGCCACAAUGGAAGUGCCCUUCUGAAAAUGUCAGCACUGCCCAAAGAACAGGAUGAUGGCAUUUUACAAAUCCAGAAGAGCUUCUUGGAUGGAAUUUACAAGACCAUCCACAGGCCACCCUAUGAAGCUGUUAAAACUGAAGACCUAUCAAGCAACUUCCUAUCCCUGCAGGAAAUCCAAGCUGCAUACUCCAAAUUUAAACAGCUAUUUCUGAUAGAUAACAGUACUGAAUUUUGGGACACAGAUAUAAAAUGGUUUUCAUUGUUGGAAAGUAGCAGCUGGCUUGACAUAAUCAGACGUUGCCUAAAAAAAGCAAUAGAGAUUACAGAAUGCCUAGAAGCACAAAACAUGAACGUUCUUCUUUUAGAGGAGAACGCUUCCGAUCUCUGCUGCCUUGUUUCCUCUCUGGUGCAAGUAAUGAUGGACCCCUACUGUAGAACCAGGAUUGGUUUCCAGAGCCUUGUCCAAAAGGAGUGGGUCAUGGGCGGCCACUGUUUCUUGGAUCGCUGCAACCAUCUCCGCCAGAGUGAAAAAGAGGAGGUUCCUGUGUUCCUGCUUUUCCUAGAUUGCAUCUGGCAACUGGUACAACAGCAUCCCCCAGCAUUUGAGUUCACAGAGACUUACCUGACUGUUUUGUCAGACAGCCUGUACAUACCUAUUUUUAGUACCUUCUUCUUUAAUUCUCCUCAUCAAAAAGAUACUAACAUGGGAAGGGAGAGCCAGGAUACACAAAGCAAGCCUUUGAAUCUGCUUACCGUGUGGGACUGGUCUGUACAGUUUGAACCCAAAGCCCAGACGUUGCUCAAAAACCCUCUUUAUGUGGGAAAGCCAAAACUGGACAAAGGCCAGCGGAAAGGAAUGCGUUUCAAACAUCAACGACAACUUUCUUUGCCACUCACCCAAUCUAAGUCAUCUCCCAAAAGAGGAUUUUUCAGGGAAGAAACAGAUCAUUUAAUUAAAAACCUUCUUGGCAAGAGAAUUAGCAAACUUAUUAAUUCUUCCGAUGAGCUACAAGACAACUUUCGAGAGUUCUAUGACAGCUGGCACAGCAAGCCCACUGACUACCACGGUUUGUUGUUGCCUCAUAUAGAGGGGCCAGAAAUCAAAGUCUGGGCCCAGCGCUACUUGCGUUGGAUUCCAGAAGCCCAAAUCCUAGGUGGCGGCAGAGUGGCCACCAUGAGCAAACUCUUGGAAAUGAUGGAGGAAGUCCAGAGCUUACAAGAGAAAAUCGACGAGAGACACCACAGGCAGGAAGCCCUCCAGGCGGAUGUCCCCUGUCUGCUGAGGAACUCUGCCCGCCUGUCGUCUUUGUUUCCUUUCGCUUUGCUCCAGCGACAUUCCACUAAGCCUGUCUUACCCACCAGUGGCUGGAAAGCUUUGGGAGAUGAAGAAGAUUUGGCCAAACGAGAAGAUGAGUUUGUGGAUCUAGGGGACAUGUGACUUGUUUUUUGAAUGAUUGUGAAAGAGGAUUGUGGGAGAUUGGGACAGUUGCUCCCUGGAUUAGUAUCACACUGCAGCUGAUGCUGGGAGGGUCGUUAGCCCUGCACUCUGUUGGAGUAAACCUGAGCCUUCAGGAAAAGAGCUGGCUCUUGUUUUUUUUCAUUGUUCUGAAAGACUAUGCAAUUAAAACCAUAUCUCUAGUAUUAUCAAUCGAAAGGAAUUACUACUUGACCCGUAAUAGGAUCGUGGCCGUUUUCUGAUGC